CCAAUAAAUUGCAUGUUUCUUGUGUUUAUAUCAAUACUAGAUCUAAAUGGAGGAUUCCAUAGUAUUAGGAAAUUUUGCUCAAGUGAGCAUAACAAGGUUGCUUCGAACAGCAUAAAAAGGGUUCAGCGGUUCUUUAGGUGCAUACAAUCAACUGUUUUUUGGUACCCUUGUGCACCAUCAAUGAUCGAACCUGACGAGCAGAUAUGGGGGUUUUGGUACUGUAAAAUAGUCCUCUGUUUUGUGAAAUUCGCGCCACCACUACCGCACAUUCAACCAUCCAAACCAAGCUAAGUGAGACUCACUUCUGUUGAUACCUGAAUGGGUUUCGAGACAUAGUCGCCAUCAAGCAUUCGGAGAUGCUACGAUCGAAGUGGAUACUUUUAGCGGUUCUUGUGGUGGCUUUGUGUGAUUCUUUCGUCACAUCCGUUCGCGUGUUGGAACGCUUCAAGAGCCGGGCUGAUCUGAGGGUUAUUCGUCGGAAUCGUUUGCGUGAAUUGCGUGAUUUGGCUGCGAAUGGUUUCACACCCACGUUCAGAUUGCAGGAUGAUGGUAACGAACUCUCCCAAUUGGGCGGCAAUAACAAUGUCACCAGCACAAAUCAUAUCCAAAACGAGAAGGAUCAGUCAAAUGAGGACUUUGGCCAAACACAAAUAAGUGAAAGUGAUAUUGCGGAGGCCGCCGUGGGACAAUUUCGGACACCGAUAAUAAGUUCGAUCUUUGAGCAGCACGUGAUUUUUCGGUUCUACAAUGGGAACAACUUGACCAAAACUACUACCCUACGAAAUACACCACUUCUGUCCAAUACAGAAUGUUCUGCAUCGGACAAAUUCGCUAUUGUUGUACAUGGGUGGCAUGAGAACUGUUACGAAACCUUUUGGGUAAAAGACUUACAACGCAAUCUGGACACCUACCGAGGAGGAUGUGUCAUUUGUAUGGAUUACUCUACAUUCUCGAGCAAUGGGUACACGUAUUUGUUCCGGAGAUUUGAUGAAAUCAGUUCGGUUUUGCUCAAAUUUGUACGUAUACUACAAUACGAAGGAAUGCAGUUCGACAAGCUAUUCAUGUUUGGCUUCAGCUUCGGAGGACAACUGGUGCUGGACGUUGGUAAUCAGGUCGGGUUCGGAGCCAUUGAGGCUAUCGAUACUUGUGACAUGGCAGGCGUAGGUUUCGACCAGGAUCGAUUCUUCAAGGGAAUUCACUUCCGGAACGCGGCGAAGAAUGUGCAAUGUAUUCACACCAGUAUUGACAAAGGGACGAAACUGAUGAACAAAUGCCACCAGGAUUGGCGAAUGGGUCAAUGUGGCUUUAGGCAACCGGCUUCUGGUAAACCUCCCCUAGGUUCACAUGGGCUGUGUCCAGUUUUCUACAAUCUUGCAUUUGAAACGAACUUCUACGCUGAAUCCAGGCCAAUCGAUUGCAUUAUGUUGAGGGAUCCUGUAGCAGAGUAUCCAAGUGGAUACAAAAUGGGCUACAUAGAACAUCGAAAAGACCAAGUUCGAGGAGAACUUUAUGCACAGACGUCGGAAAACUUCCCGUAUGCCGUACCCCAUCAAGCGUAGAUGUCCAAACUGCAGUUGAAUAACCCCAGUGACUGAAUGUAUUCAUAAACAAAUGAUAAAACUUAUUAUCUAUUUCCUUUGUACCAGUUUUUUAUUAAUUUAUUAUUUGCCUUUUAAAAACAAACGAUAAACAGGAAACUACACGAUCGCCAAUAACAAUUAGUUUUCA